AUGCCGGCCAAGAGGAGAACUGCAAGUUCGGCGUCGACCAGCAAAAAUAGCGAUUCCCCAUUGAGUCCGCGUUCAGAUGAUCCAGCGUACCAAGAAAAAAGAAAGAAAAACAAUGAGGCUGUACAGCGCACACGCGAAAAGACUAAGAAAUCGGCUGAGGAACGGAAGAAACGCAUCGACGAGUUGAGGAAGCAAAAUGACGCCCUAAAAGUCAAAAUAGAGCAGGGCGAGAAACAUAUAUCCACUUUAAGGGAUCUGAUAAUUCAGGGCGAGAAAACGGAGGACGGCCAUCGCAUCAUCCAGGAGAUUCUAGCUGGUCCCGAUCCAGAUGACAAUGACUAACGAGGAGCUGCUCCUGAUCUACAUUAUAAUAUUUACCUACUUUUAAGAUUGAUUUAAUCGCAUUCACCAUGUUUAUUAUACCAUUUCUUUUAUCUUUGUUUAAUUUCUCGAAUUCUAUCACAAAUUCUGAACUACUUUUUUGGAUGACUAACUUAUGAGUAAAGUUUUCAUUGUUAGAAUAUGUACAUUCAACUUGAAUAUCAUAAAGCAUUGAAAAAUAUAAUGGCAAAUGUGUAAAAUUAAUUUUAAACAUAUUAAAAUUUGUAUAAUCGCAUAUAAUAAAGUAGUAAUAAUUUAUCUGUAAACAUGAA